UCGGCACAAGCACAGACUAUCCGAUGAUGAUCUCCCCAACCCCACACCAUCUAUGAUCUAUCGAUUAAUUAAUUCUACCGUCGCCUUUCUGGAUAUUCUUUUUACUAGUAUUUCAUUUCAUUUGAUUCAUUGCUUCUUGGCGCUUCUUAAUUUCCGGUCGAAGCAAUCGCAAACCCUAACCUCCCUUUCUCGAUAGCCUUCUCCUCUAAUUGUUUCCCAUUGCCAUUUUGUCCGAGGUUGCAGAAUUAUUGGGAUCCUGAGGAUAAUUUUUGAUGCCGCACUGAAGUAAUCGGUGAUCGCUACCUCUUUAAAGGAUGUGGUUUUCCUUUUGGCGAUCCAGGGAUAGACUGUCGUUAGAUGAACUCAGAUUCAUUGUUGAUCAACUGAUAAAAGUUCAAGUCGUAAAUGAGGUUAACAAAGAGUUUGUUAUUGAGGCUUUGAGAUCUAUUGCGGAGUUGAUAACAUAUGGUGACCAGCAUGAUGCUGCCUAUUUUGAGGUUUUCAUGGAGAAGCAGGUCAUGGGCGAGUUUGUACGCAUAUUAAGAAUAUGUAAAUCUCUGAUCGUCUCACGCCAGCUAUUGCAGACAAUGAGCAUAAUGAUCCAGAACCUGAAAAGUGAUCAUUCCAUAUACUAUAUGUUUAGCAAUGAACAUGUUAACUACCUCAUUGCAUAUCCUUUUGACUUCAGAAAUGAAGAGUUGUUAUCUUACUACAUAUCCUUCCUAAGAGCGAUAAGUGGGAAGUUGAACAAGGAUACAAUUUCACUCCUUGUUAAGACAGAAAGUGAGGAAGUAGUUGAUUUCCCUCUUUAUGUUGAGGCGAUACGGUUUGCAUUUCAUGAAGAAAGUAUGAUCCGAACUGCUGUUCGUGCUUUAACCUUGAAUGUUUAUCAUGUUGGAGAUGACACUGUAAAUAGAUUUGUAUCCAAGGCCCCACAUUCAGAUUAUUUUGUGAACUUGAUCGAAUUUUUUCGAGAUCGGUGUAUCCAUUUGAACUCAAUUGUUUCAAAUGCUAAAAAGAGCCGAAGUGCAGAACUUUCGUCUUCCAUUCUUUCUGCUGUUGACGAGAUUGAAGACAAUCUCUAUUAUUUUAGUGAUGUUGUUUCUGCUGGAAUCCCUGAUGUUGGGAGGUUGAUAAUGGACAAAGUUCUGAGGAUUCUGAUAUUUCCGUUGAUCUUCCCAUCCUUUAGUAGGACUGAAGCAGUCAAAGAAUCAAGUCUUGGGGCCGUCACUUCUUUAUAUUUACUUUGUUGCAUUCUGCGCAUAGUAAAAAUCAAAGAUCUGGCAAAUAUUGUUGCUGCUGCUCUUAUAUGUUAUCCAGAUAUCUUUCCUGAGAGUUCGGAGGCUAAGCUCAACGGUAAUCUGCCGAGCCAUGCUUCUUCAGAUGUACAAAGCCAAAAUAAUGACGCAAGCAGUCAAAAUUCUGAAUCUGAUACCGAAAAUCAUACACCUCUCAGUGCCUUCAAUCAUAACUAUAGCAAUAUGAGAUUUGCUCUGAGGGAAACUUUGCUUUCAUUUGUUGUCAGUGGAGAUGAAGUUCAAGUUGCAGGCUCCUUAAAUGUUCUAGCAACAUUGUUGCAGACAAAAGAACUAGACGAGUCAAUGGUUGAUGCUCUUGGCAUACUUCCACAACGCAAACAACAUAAAAAGAAACUGCUGCAAGCCUUGGUUGGGGAAGAUUCUGCAGAAGAGCAACUUUUCUCAUCAGAAGGUGCUAAGGUCAAAGAUGGCAUUAGUGGCGAACUUGACCUCUAUCUGCAAAAAUUGAAGCAGGAGUAUGCGGGAAUUUCAUGUGCACACCCAGAGGUUGGAGCGAGUCCUCGCGUGCAUAGAUUUCAAGUACUCGAUUCGUUGGUUAGUCUCUUCUGCAGAUCAAAUAUCUCUGCAGAAACAUUGUGGGAUGGUGGUUGGCUUUUGCGGCAGUUGUUACCUUACAGCAAAGCGGAGUUCAACAGCCAUCAUCUUACUUUGCUCAGAGAUUCGUUUCACCAUUGCACUGCUCGUGUUCUAGAGGAGGCUAGAGGAACGUGGUCUGAUUUAUUAUUGGGAGUUAUUUGUGAUGAGUGGAGAAAGUGCAAAAGAGCAAUCGAGGCAUCUUCUCCGCGAAAAGAUCCAAAGUGUAUUCUAUUGCCGCCAUUCAAAUCUGCCAAUGACGAGCAUGCAUCAUCUGAAUCAUCAUUUGCUGCUGGAGAGAGAAUGUGUGAAGCAGUGAAGGUUUUUGCGCUGCUUCAUCAUCUCCACAUUUUCUCGCUUGGUAAAGUUUUGCCAGAUCAACCUCCUGUAUUCUGUUCUGUUGAUACUCCAGAGAAGUCCAGAGCAAGGAUUGCUGGUUUACAUCUUCCAGAACUUAAACCAAAUGCUGAAAUAAACCUUGUUGGUGCAAUUCCUUGUCGAAUUGCAUUUGAAAGGGGUAAAGAACGCCAUUUCUACUUUCUAGCCCUCUCUAUGGGUAGCUCAGGUUGGCUUGUCCUUGCGGAGGAAUUACCAGUGAAACCAGGACGAGGAUUGGUACGAGUUGUGGCACCAUUGGCCGGAUGUAAGCCAAGAGUAGACGAUAAACAUUUAAGGUGGCUGCACCUUCGAAUCCGUCCUUCCUCAUUCCCAUUUACUGAUACUGCUACGUAUACUGCCCAUGGCAAGGUAAAAUCUAAAGCUUUGGUUGAUGGAAGGUGGACUCUGGCGUUCCGGGAUGAGAAAUCCUGCAAGAAUGCAAUGUCCAUGGUUGAAGAGGAAAUGGAGUUGCAGAGUUGCAUGGUGGAGAAAAGCCUAGAACCUGUACUCGAACUAGAACAAAGUACAGACCAUUCGCAACUGUCUGAGCAUGUAGAGGAUGACAACACAGUGUGAAAGCGGAGCUCAUGUUAUUUUUUUGCAGAGGUUUCAAACGCUCGGUUAGUUUUCAGUGUCUCAGCCUCAUGUAUGUGAGUUGUUCAAAAGGAAUCAUCAGGCACAGAAAUGUAUAAUAGGGCAUGUAGUAGUUAGUGCCAUUCUUUGUAUGUAAAUAUAUAUACGCUGUGUCUUUUGUAUUUGAGAUUCUGUGACUAAUUAAUCUGAUCUGAGGGAGCCCAGUUUAGAUGUUGCUUCAACCUAUUUAUGAGCUUUUGUAACAUUACAGAGUUUUUCAAGAGCUAAUAAAAGAGAAGUUCAUUUUUGUCA